AAGCGCUCUGAUUGGAGCACACUAGCUACUCGAGUCGAGUAUAUAAGCAGAACGCUACAUAAUAGGAAACUUUUUUCUUGUCGGACUCCGACGUGGUCGCGUCGGCACUCGGCAGUAGUAGUACGGACACGCACACAUUUUAUUUGGGAUAGUCUACUGACUGUCUACAUAGAUGACACUUAUACAAUAGUUUACGUUGUCUACACGUAAACGUAGAAUAUUAUAUUUUACGCGUAGAUGCACAACCCUGGUCAAUUGUGCCGUGCAUGAGUUGACGCAGUUAGAGCGGUCGACCGCUAGAUGUCGGGGUUGUUGCCGACGCCGCUCUUCUUUGUUGCACAUAUAUAUGCAGCGGUCAAUACUAAAAGGUUCUCCGUCUCCGAGACCGGUCGCCGGCGAGUACUCACUCGUACUUCUCGUUCCCUUCUUGUCGCCGUUGCGUCUUUCUGCACGGAUCGCCGUCUUUCUCCGAAGAAGCUACUCAAGCUACAAAGCAGCAGCAAUCAUGCCAGUGCCUGAGCUCCAGAAACCGGCGCCCGCUUUCACCGGCACCGCUGUCGUGAAGGGACAAUUCAAGGAUAUCAAACUCUCCGACUACAAGGGCAAAUAUGUUGUGCUCUUCUUCUACCCGUUGGACUUCACUUUCGUAUGCCCGACGGAAAUCAUCGCUUUCUCCGACCGAGCGAAGGAAUUCACCGACAUCGGCUGCCACGUGAUCGCCGCGUCCACCGAUUCCCACUUCAGCCACCUCGCGUGGAUAAACACGCCGCGCAAGCAAGGUGGUCUCGGUGAGAUGAACAUCCCCCUGCUGGCGGACAAGAGCAGUAAGAUCGCCCGCGACUACGGUGUGCUCGACGAGCAGUCGGGAAUCGCCUUCCGCGGACUUUUCAUCAUCGACGACAAGCAGAACUUACGCCAGGUCACCAUCAACGACUUGCCCGUAGGAAGAUCCGUGGACGAAACUCUGCGUCUGGUCCAAGCAUUGCAGUACACCGAUAAGCACGGCGAAGUUUGUCCAGCCGGCUGGAAACCCGGCAAGAAGGCUAUGAAGGCCGACGUCGUUGGCUCGCUGGAGUACUUUAAGGAUCAAUAGAUAAUAAAUUCAUACUGAUGUCUUUUCAUACUAUUAAUUACACUCGUGUGUAUGUGUGUUUUGUACUAUUUCGUUGCUGUUCGAGUUUGACAUAUUUACUUCCGUUUUUAUUUAGCACAGUUAGAUGAUAUAACAUAUCUGACGCGACUUUCACGUCGCGACCUUCACAUUGAAGUAUCCGUCUUUAGUUUAAUAAACGGAUUUAUUUUCUA